AUGUCACGCGGGCUCCAGACUCCCGACGUGCCCUCGCCGGUGCACGUGGCCCGCCGCGCGCUGCUGGCACCCGUGGCUGGCGUGCUCCGUCCCGCUUCCCGCGUGGGCGACACGCAGCUCCCCGCCCAGCGUCAACGAGUUGGACAAGGACACGCUCCGGAGGGGCGCCAGCGCGAUACCCCGGCUGCAGGUCCUCCACAAGGAGACGGCACGCAGUACGGCUUGGUGCAGAAGUCAGGUGCAGACUGCGUCGACCAGGACCGCACCUCCGUCCUCUUCAGGAGCGGAGCGCUCGCGGCCCGCCAGUGCGAGCUCCUGCCCGGCCACGUGCACGCCUGA